AUGCACUUAAAUUAUCUCAAUCAUCCUUCUGGUGCUGAUUCUGAUGCGUUGGGUUUUCUUUCUUCUAAUUUUGAUGCAGAUAAUAGAAAUACAAAAUAUUGGUAUCUUGAAUACAAUCAUGAGUCAACUUCUAUCCAGAGAAUUAGAAGGGUUAAUUUGCCCUCUCCUCCUUCUUGGAUUACUACUAAAAUUGUUGGUUCAUGCAAUGGGUUGAUCUGUUUUGCUGAAUAUGACUACCCAUCUGUUUGGAUUUGUAACCCAAUCACCAGAGAAUGUGUUCUGCUACCAGAACUUAAGAGAGAUUCUUGUGAUCAUGAUGGGUAUCAUUAUAAGGAGACCAACUUUGGUUAUGUUUCAUCAACCAAUGAGUACAAAGUUUUAGGAAUGUAUAUGUCGAAGACCAACGUACAAGUCCAUAUAUACACUCUAGGCAGUGGCACUGGAUGGAGAAACCUUGGAAAGUCCAAUAUUGAUUUUAGUGCAUAUUGUGAGGAAGAUGGUGUUUUUGCCAAUGAAUUAGAAAUGAUCGUUGCCUUUAAUUUGGCGGAGGAAAAGUUUUGUAUCGAUGAAGAUGGAGAAGAAACUGAUUGUUUUGACUUAUGGCUAUUAAAGAAGAAGAAUGAUAAUCAUGGCAUGAAAGAGCAAAACGAUUGUCGGUCAUUUGGUUGGACUAAAGAGUUCAGGGUUGACGAUAGAAAUAGCGAGUUAUUCUCAGCAGUCGCAAAGAGCGGUGGUGUUUUAACUUACAAUGGUUGCUAUCUCAACGUUUAUGACACAAAAACUUCAACCUCAAAAAGGCUUGUGGAGUUUAAGGAUAAGUUUUUUGAAGUAUUGCCUCACAAGAACACCUUAGUCUCGUUGAAAGAGUUAGGGGAAGAAGAUACAAAAACAAUGGAGUCAGUUGAAACUAAAGAGAAAAGAAGCCGCGAGUAUCCUUUGAAGCAGCUCCAGGAGGAUGCACAAUACAUAUACUUGUAA